GAGUAUAGGGGAUUUAGUCCGCGACUAGGUGCCGUCUGCUCUCCGGGCUGCAUACUCUGUAGGCGCAUACAGCGUAUCGGAUUUAUUUUUCGCUCCUGUACCGGCGGUGGAAUGUUUGCUACGUUCUUAUACUGAAGAGUGGAGUGCGAAAUCCUCUGUUGUUCCCACGGAAAGCAGCUACGCAGUCGUUUGUCUGUUUUCGAGUAGGAUCACUGUCGUAUUACGCCCGCACACUUUUCGCGCGGAUCCUUGACUUAGAGAAGCGGCAAAGAUAAUAAGCGUAAAUACCCCACCUCAUGCAAAUACGUAAUAGUGUUUACUCCAGCUGAGAUUACUCAAAUCGUGCUGAAGACUACCGUAUGAAACGAAUUCAACGAAAAAUAUGACAUCGACGUAAUUUUUUUACGAAAAAAGAGUACUCGAAACGCUCUGAGCAACAAAAGCACGUCAUUUUGUGCCGCAGUGUAUAGGUUUUAAUUUUCUUAAGAGACACUGAAAGACGUGAAGAAGAAACAACCUACAGACGCUUCGGUGAAGAUGGUGGGCGGUGACGUUAAAGUUGCGACAGUCGACGUCGAGUCUGUGGACAACAUGGCGACUCUGCCCGUGGGCCGCGCGCACGGCGGCAGUGACGUCACGGCGGAGAAAAACAAUGUCACCAACAAGGAGAUGGAACUCAAGAAAGUCAGGCCUCAGCCACCGAAACGGACCUCACUCUUCAUUAUUCUCAGCUUCAUAUAUGCCAAGCUGCUGAUUGUUAUUUGUAUAGCCUACGUCAUCUCGGAAGUUGUGACUCAAAACAUACCUCUACAUUAUUAUGAGGGUUUCUUCACAUAUCUGUAUGGAAUGAGCAUACUGUUCUUGUUGUACGUUUUCUGCUUUCUACUACAAGAAAGCGCCUGCUGUGCACCAGAGGUCCAGGCACCUCCACCUCGGCCCCCUGUCAAAAAAUCUGAUGCAAAGAAGGCAGAAAAAGAGAAGAAAAAGAAAAAGAAAAAAGCUGCUGAAGCAAAGGAGAAAGGAAGUGCAGAAAGUGGUGGGGGAGGUGGAGGAGGCGGUGGUGGAGGAGGAGGAGGAGGAGGAGGAGGCGGCGGUGGUGGUGGUGGAGAUGGAGGUGGGGGAACACCGGGAGGUGUUGGUGGCAAUAAUAAAGGCUCAAUGUUUCAGAGAGAGAAGUACCCACGUAAGAUGAAGGACUUGGCCAAGCAAAAGCUGCAGGGCGGACUCGUGCAGAGUCCGCAACAGGGUGUUCUGCGCAACUUGAGAACCAGCAAAGAUGUGAAUUUGAAUGAUGGUGGUGGAGACAGUCCUACACAAGAAAAGUUGACUGGCUCAUGUGAUCCACCAGAGAUGGUAGAACUGGAGUCUGGGAGACCUGCACGUAAACGAAAAACUUCACAGAACAUUCACAGCCAUGGAAGUUUCUUUCUAAGAGUAGGUGCUAUAGCAUUUGGCCUUGGGACAAUGAUCUAUAAUGGACUCGAGUGUGGAGCUUUCUUCGAAAUUCCCUUCAACUCUCCUUGCUACCAGAUACUUCGAGGAAUUAAUCCAGUGUUACAGAUGAUUUUCACUUUCAUGCAGAUGUACUUCAUAUUCAUGAACUCAAGGCUGAAUAUUCAUCGCUUCAAGGUUGUUGCACGUUUUGGACUUAUGCAUGUAGUUGCUACAAAUUUGUGUGUCUGGAUUCGAACUUUGGUGCUUGAGAGCCUAAAAGAAAUUUCUGCAUACCAGCAUCGACGUCUUGAAUCAUUUUUGGCUGCAGAUGAAGAUAGUGGAGUCGAGUUAAUUCGUGGGCCGAGCAUCUUCGAUUCAGCCCCUGGUGCCCCCACUCUUGGGCAGGGGACAACGGUAGCUGCUGCUGCAGGCGCGGGAGCCACAAGCCUGCAAACGACAGCUAGGACAGCUGCCCACACCAUCGCCCGCAUCACCAACUCUACCUUGCGUGCCAUUCUUGAGGUUACUCUUCCUCCCACAACCCCUAGUACUACUGUUCCAUCCACCACGGUCACUACCACUGCAGCUCCUACAACAACACUGCGUACCACAUCUACUGCAUUCCCAACCACACUUACCACACACAGUCCUACCACUACUCCUAUUACUACCACAACUGCAUCUACAACCACAACCACCAGCACCACUGCUGCUACUAUCCCUACCACUGCUUUGUUCUCACAGUUCCCUACGAUGCUUGAUUCAAUGGACUAUCCCAGAGCUCUUGACGUUAAUGGAAACAGCAAUGGCAGUAUUCCAUUCUUGGAUGGACCUUUUUAUCCAGCAGCUUUAACAAGUUUGAAUAAUGGUACCUCUAUUACAAGUGGUUGUGGUCGGGUGAACAUCAUGGGAACAAUUGUUCAAGAUUCUGCUCCAUACUUGUUUCCAUUUAUAAUUGAAUACAGCCUAAUUGGUGCUGCUGUGAUUUAUGUUAUGUGGAGACACAUUGGACGUCAUCCCAGAUAUGUGGAACAGGAAGAUUUGGAACAACGGCUGGAAGCAAUGUUAUCACGAAGAGCAGUGGCAAUGGCACAAGCACGUCGCCAAGGCCGUGUAGACUGUGUAGGUGCUAGCAAAGGCCUGUUCUGUGGCCUCCUGCUUUUGGUUGCAUCUCUUAUUUGUCUCAUACUUUUCUUUGUGAUGAUACAUCAUCAAGAUUAUGGACUGCUUGCAAUAUACCUGGCAGAUGUUUCUCACUGUGUGUUGAUGUCUCUCAGCAUAAUAGCUACUAUUGUUGGCUUCAUCAGAGUGCAGAGUCUCAAAUUCCGUGCUGAAGAGCAGAGUGAUUUGAAUGACAUUCUCCUAAGAGUAUCUGCAUUUGGUCUGUUCGUGUAUGCUGUAUUUAGUGUGAUAGCUGGCUCCUUGGCUGCUUUUCCACAAGAACCCAAGUUGCUAAUUGUUUGCACUGGCUUACUGUCAAUUGUUCAGGUUGUACUACAGCUGUUGUUCAUUGCGGAUGUGGCACGCCGUCGUGUACAUCUCCCUGAACAUGACCGCAGCAAACCUGGGCGUCAAGUAGUAACCUUCCUCUUGAUCUGCAAUGUCACAAUGUGGGUCAUUUACACAUUUGAAGCACAGAAGGUUAUUGCUAAUCCUGUUCAACUUGAUUUCUAUGGAUUCCUUGCAUGGGCCAUAGUGCAACGGGUUACUUUACCACUUUGCAUUUUUCAUCGAUUCCAUUCAGCGGUCACGCUUGCUGAGAUUUGGAAGACUAGCUACAAAGCUCGACUUGAAUGAAAUCUACAGUGCUUGGUAAUUAUUAAGAAUAACAACUUGCCCUGAAAUCAGAACUGGUAUACAUAAAAAAGUGUUAAUGUGUAUGGAUUAACCAUGAAUUUUAUGAUUUAUGAAGAUGUGGUGUUUUCACACACUCUGACAAUGAAUUUUUGCCAUUGGUUUUCAUCUUCUAAAGUUAUUUUUAAAAACUAAAUAUUUAAGCCAAAGAUUAUAUCCUCAUGAAAUUCAUUAACAAUAAUUAUUAAUUUUGUUAAGAUAUUAGGUUUACUGAUAACACUUUAUGCAAUACCUCUCAUUACUCACACUCUUCUUGAAACAAUUGUCAUUAUACAUUACAUCUCAAAACUAUUCAUUUUUACAUUUGCAACUUGUUAUUUUUGUUACUCACAUACAUUAUUAUCAAACUUGAUAGUCAUUUUCAUUGAUCAUAAAAAUGUGUCUGAGUCAUGUAUGCAUAAAAUAAUGCUGAAGCUAUUUUUGUCUUAUGCUUGUCUUAUGCCCACAACAAUUUCUCAUAUUUAUUUCUUCUGCAAAACUACAUUAAGGAACUUUAUUUCAUAAAAUACAUGAAAAGAAAAGCAUGCAACUGUCAUUUGCAAUGUGCCAUUCCUUGCUGGUAGCACACCGGCGUUAACAUGUCAGCAUCAACAGAUGAAGAGAGUUCAGUAAUGUUUCCACCUGACUCAUUAAUGUUGACACACUGGAGAAUUUAAUUCUCAUUCUUAAGGUGGUGUUUACCUUCAGAAAUAAAAACAAUAAAAAUUUAAGAAAAGUGAAUGGGUUAAGUAAACUUACCUGUUCAUCCAUGUAUACAUAUUAAGUUUAAGUGUUCAUCGACUAAGUUUGCAGUAGGUUGUGGUUGAUCACUCACAAACAAACCACUCAACCUCCGUUACAGAAAAUAAUUAUUAUUAUUCUGUUGAACGUGUUCAGGGUGUAGUCUUGCAGCUGUUGUACUAUUAUUCAGCUAUUUUUUGUAAUAGAAAGAAACUGAUAUUGAAAUAAAGAUGAUGAUUUGGUGAUUUGACACAAGGCCAGAAAACUAUGUUGAAUGCACAUGCCUUGUUGAAAUUGAUGACUUUCAUUUGAAUAUGCAAUGUACGUAUGUGCCAAAUAAUUAAAAUAAUAUUAUUGUAUGGGCAGAAUGAGUAUAUUAAUGGGAAGGAUAAAGUAAAUAUUCAUUACCAGUACCACUUUGCUAAACACAACCACACCAAAUGUUUCACUGUUUUUAUUUCCUUUGUUGUCCGUUGUUAGUUAUAAUGUAAAACAACUGAAGCAGAGAUCCCCUUAAAUGCAGGUGCUGCCCACUUUAUAUUAUGUAAUUUUUUCUUCACUGUGUUGUGAACUUAAUGGUUUCUGUGGAACAUAUAGUACUGAGCAUGAGCUCGAGUGAAAAACACUUCCGUGACGACUUGAUUGUUUUGUACCAUAAUACACAAAAGAAAAUUUUAAAAUAAUAAUUGGCUACAGAACAAAGGUUAUACACAAAAAAAUGUCAUUAAUGCAUUACUAAACAAGAACUCUAUAUCCUACACUGUACAAAUUUUUGCAAGCUAAAUUAACAAUUCUGUGAAAUCACCAAUGAGUAGACUUAAUUAAUACAGCAAAACAGAUGUGCUUUGUUGGAUGAGAAGUAAAUGUGUGUCAUAAAUAGUUAAGCAUCAAAUAUAAGAAUAAAUGUUUACAACUUCAAAAUGUAAAUAAAAUGGUUGUUUUGUACAUAAUUUAUCAUUGUUCUUGAUGUCUGUUCUAAGCCUGUACUCAAGUGAAAUAAAAAGAAAACCAUGAGAAAAUUUCUAUAGAUCAUGAAACAUUGCUAAGCAUGGUGCAUACUAAAUUAACUCUUAUUGCUGUUAUAUAUAUAUCUAUAUGUGGCUAAAGAGGCAAAAGGUUAGUAACACAUUUUGUGUUGUUUCAUUGCAGAUACCUUCAUUAGUAAGUACAAAGUGACAGACUUAGUUAUGUAGUGGAUGAAAUAAUUUGUUACUGCAGGUCUUCUCUAAAAAAAAAAAAAAAAAACAUUUUGUUCCAUUUUAGCAGUUUUAAACUUUGUGGGUUUUUUGGCCAGCUCUCGUCCUUUUUUCUUUCUUUCUUUUUUUUUUUUUUUUUUUUUGCCAAUUGUCAGAAUUUUUACACAUGAUGAUAUUGUGAUAAAAUUGAUUAUUAUGUUUUCAUUGUUUAUUACAUUUCCCUUAUACAUUAUUUACCCAUAGGACACUUUUUUUUAAGCUAUGAAAAUUUGUGGACCAUGAAGUUCCAAAGAAACAUGAAACCUGUUCAGCAUUUACUAUUCUACUCUUUUGCUUGACUUUAGAAAAUGAAAUAGUACAAAGUGGAUUAUAGAUAUCCAUUACAUAUAUUUUUUCCGAUAUAUAUCAUGAGUUGUGUGUACAUCUACUAAUGGUUUGAAACUAUAUGUACAUUCACUACAAAUGUUUUCUAGACUCUUAAUACAAAAUAGCCAAAUAUUCUUUUAAAGUGGAUUAAUUAGGUUCUUUAGUAUUGGUAAUAACACAAUGUUUACUGUACUUUACAUGUGGUAUGUGUGAGAUUAUUUGCAAGUACCAAAUGUUUUUAGAGUUUUUAAUGUGACCAAAUUCAUUUUUGGAAAUUUGCUAUGUAUAUAUACACUGUCAAGAUUCUCACUGCCAACUAAUACAGUAUGUGUGAAC